UCCUUCGAAAUUUAGUGUCUCUGUUGGUGUGGCCUGGCUGUGCGGAGCCUUUUGGGAUUUCAGAGCACCAGUUGCAGUGUGAUGGCCGAGUCCUCCUCCUCCGUCACCCCGAGCUGUCCCCAGCAGUCGGCUGGGCGUUGUGCUGGACUCCCGUGGGGGGGUGCCUGGACAGGAGGGUGGCCCCUGAGAGCCCGCGGUGUGGUAGAGCCCCAGACUUCUCCACCCAGGUGAACUCCUCGUCCCUCAACUCCCCCACGGGGCGUGGCGCCAUGGCUGCCCCCUCGCUGCACCCCUCUCUGGGGCCUGGCAUCGGCUCCUCGCUCGGCUCUCCUGGACAGCUGCACUCGCCCAUCAGCACCCUGAGCUCCCCCAUCAAUGGCAUGGGCCCACCCUUCUCGGUCAUCAGCUCCCCCAUGGGCCCCCACUCCAUGUCAGUGCCCACCACGCCGACCCUGGGCUUUGGCACCAGCAGCCCCCAGCUCAGCUCACCCAUGAACCCCGUCAGCAGCAGCGAGGACAUCAAGCCCCCGCUGGGCCUCAAUGGUGUCCUCAAAGUCCCGGCCCACCCCUCCGGGAACAUGGCGUCCUUCACCAAGCACAUCUGUGCCAUCUGCGGGGACCGCUCGUCAGGCAAGCACUACGGGGUGUACAGCUGCGAGGGCUGCAAGGGCUUCUUCAAGCGCACGGUGCGCAAGGACCUGACCUACACCUGCCGGGACAACAAGGACUGCCUGAUCGACAAACGCCAGCGCAAUCGCUGCCAGUACUGCCGCUACCAGAAGUGCCUGGCCAUGGGCAUGAAGCGGGAAGCCGUACAGGAGGAACGGCAGCGGGGCAAGGACAGGAACGAGAACGAGGUGGAGUCCACGAGCAGCGCCAAUGAGGACAUGCCAGUGGAGAAGAUUCUGGAGGCAGAGCUGGCUGUCGAGCCCAAGACCGAGACAUAUGUGGACGCGAACAUGGGGCUGAACCCCAACUCGCCCAACGACCCCGUCACCAACAUCUGCCAGGCAGCAGACAAACAGCUCUUCACGCUGGUCGAGUGGGCCAAGCGGAUCCCGCACUUCUCUGAGCUACCGCUGGACGACCAGGUCAUCCUGCUGAGAGCAGGCUGGAAUGAGCUGCUCAUCGCCUCCUUCUCCCACCGGUCCAUCGCCGUGAAGGACGGGAUCCUCCUGGCCACCGGGCUGCACGUCCACCGGAACAGCGCCCACAGCGCAGGGGUGGGCGCCAUCUUCGACAGGGUGUUGACGGAGCUCGUGUCCAAGAUGCGGGACAUGCAGAUGGACAAGACGGAGCUGGGCUGCCUGCGUGCCAUUGUCCUCUUCAACCCCGACUCCAAGGGGCUCUCGAACCCAGCGGAGGUGGAGGCGCUGCGGGAGAAGGUCUACGCGUCCCUGGAGGCCUACUGCAAACACAAGUACCCCGAGCAGCCGGGAAGGUUCGCCAAGCUGCUGCUCCGCCUGCCGGCUCUGCGCUCCAUCGGCCUCAAGUGCCUGGAACAUCUCUUCUUCUUCAAGCUCAUCGGGGACACGCCCAUCGACACCUUCCUCAUGGAAAUGCUAGAAGCCCCCCACCAAAUGACUUAGGCCCGCCGGCCCGGCCGCCCCGCCUGGCCGCUCUUCUCAGCUGAGCCCCGUCCCCGCCCCUUCUCUGCCUGGCCUCUGCGGAUGUGGGGGCGCAGCCUGCUAAGUCUCCGAGCGUGGCCACCUCACUGUUUUCAGUGCUCCUCGCCCGCAAAGCCGGGCCGUGGCUUUCCUGGGGCCGGAACUGCUGUGAGCCCGGCCAGGCCCGCACGCUUCCCUGGGCAGUGGGGGCGGCUCUCCGGGUUGCAGGCCCUGCCCCCGAGCCACCCUCGGCGUUGGGAACAUCCUGUGCUCCCCUCCUGUGUUUGGAGUGACCCCCGUCGCCUCUUGUCAGGCGCCCUACCCAGGCUCAGGAGCAGAGUGCAGAAGACCCGCCCUGCCCCCCGGGAGGACGAGGGGGGCUCUGGGGCGAGUAGGCUUCCCUUCCCUCACAGUGAAGGGCGAGAAGCCCCUUUUCCAAAGAUGACUUGCAGUGUCGCCCCCGAGCCAAGCAGGACAUGAGCCGACCUCCGUGCAGGGUUCUGGGCCCCCCUCAAGGCUGCAGGGACUGGGGUCACCCACCUCCCCACCUUGCUUUUCUCUUCGCGUCACCCUGGCUUCCACUUCUCCCCCCGCACAGCCUCACACAAGCCGGGGUAGGCAGACCCCGUGUACGGCCCGCCCUCGGUUCUGUCUGCUAUCUGUGCGGAGGGGCAGCGCCCCGCCCCCGGUCUCUGCAGGGUAGCCCGCUUCCUGGCCUUCCCUGAAGUCCUGGGCCGUGCUGAUCUGUCAUGGGCAGAGGUUGGGCCUGGGAGACCCACAGGGAUGGGAGGAAGGAGGGUGCGUUCCCCAGGGGGUGUUCAGCAGCUGUGCACACUUGGAGGGAGCCGGGGACCCACGGCGGGUGUGCAGAGGGGAGGGACUUGGGGGCACGUAAGCCCAGCGGGAAGGGGCAGGUGGCGUUGCUUCCUAGAGCUAUUGGCAGAGAGGCCCUCUCUGCUGGCGGCCUGUCCUGUGUGGGAGCCUCUUGGAAUCGGGGACUGUGGCGUGCCAGCGUCCUUGGGCCUGCAGCUGGUUGCCCCUCGGGGACAGCCGGAUGUGGGGCCCCUUCAAACACGUGCCCUGGCUGACGGCUCCCCAGGCCAGGCCGUGCCUGCUUCUGUAGCGUCUCCACCGAGCUGGGCAGGGGCGCAGCCUCCUGGGCUGGGGCGCUCUGGGCUCUGGGCGUGCAGGGGCUCUCUCAGGUUGAAUCCGCUUCUUUUGCACUGUAAUGCCCUCCCUUUGGUCUGAGUACUUUCCAGUCCUACGCCUCCUACUCCAGGAACCCAGCGUUCAUCACUGGUGGGGGUGAUGCAGGCAGCUCCUGAGGGGUUGCUCUGUAGCCUGGCUUCCCUCCUGUGGCCCCCAUGAGCAGCCCGGGGUGGAGGGGGAUGCCUUCCCCAGAGUCUGGUUCCCCAGCUGGGGCAAGGCAGGGAGGGGUCUCCAGGCCCCGUGGGGAAGGAGGUGUCCCUGCUUUGCCUUCCAGGGUCCCCAGCCAAGCUGAAGGCGAGGCACCAGGCAGAGGCUCCAGAAGACCGCAGAAAAGCCGCCUUCCUCUGUCACCCGCCCGCUUGUGACGUGGGGAGGUGUCCCCUGCCACGUGGGCGGUAGGGGCGGGGCGUGUAGGGCCCGCCCAGCUCCCAGACUCGGCAGCCUUUGGAGGCUCCGUUGUGGCAGUGAUGUGGCACCCUUGGGGGCUCCCUCUCGGGGUCCCCCCAGCUGUGGGAACGGUAGACUGCCCCACACCCGACACCCCCGGUGCCUUCUGCAGCCAGACGCACCCCGUCAUCCACGCCCUGCCCUCUCCCACUUCCCUGGGGGUCCUUGGGAAUGUGGGGGCCUCGAGCGGAGAAAGCCCAGGACUGCGUCUGUUGGAGCGUCAGCUUCUUCCUAAGAACGUCCCCCGCCGGCUGCUCGCCGGAAAGCCGAGGCCCCCAGGCUACAGCAUAGAAAGCCAGAAGCCCCCAGCCCCUCCAGCCCGCAGCCCAGCACCGAGGGCACGCGGGGCCGUCCUCUCUUCAUCCAUCUGCUGUCCUUGUCAUGCAUUCAGUGCUGUUGGGGGAGGGGGUUAAGUGGGGAGAUGCACAUGGCUCAGUAGAGAGGUAGGAGUUUUAUUUAACCAGACCGUUAGUAGUGUUAUUAAUCUGGUUCAAUUACGGUGAUUUUUGUAAUUAUUUUUAUUAUUAUUAUUAUUUUGGUGGGACAAUCUUUAAUUUUCUAAAGAUAGCACUAACAUCAGCUCAUUAGCCACCUCUGCCCAUCCCCGCCUCGGCCCAGCCCGGGGUGCCUCCGGCGCCGUGGACUCACUUCCCCGCGGGGACACCGGGGACGGGGCUCCCGCCGCAGGGGAGCGAAGAUGACCACGCCCGCGUCUGCAGGGGGCCUCUCGUUGGAAGCGGGCCUGCACUCGGCACCUGGAAGCACGCGGUCUCCAGGCAGAGACGGCCCCGCGCCCCUGGCUUCUAGAGGACUCGGGCCGGUGACAAGCGCGGACACCAUGCCGGAGGCCCCUCACCUGCGGGGGCCGCCAGCAGGGCCCGGGCGGACGCACGGCCAGUGGGUAAUCAGCUGAUGUUGUCCCCAUCACGGAAUUGGGGCGCGUGGCCCGCUCCCCGUCCACGCAGGUGUGCUAUGUGACACGUCUGCUGUACAGAGACCGCGGGGGGCCGAGGCCGCCGACAGCAGCCGCGGGGCAGUUACCAACGUUCUGUCUUUAUUUUUAAUCAAGACUUUCCCCCCGUUUUCCUAUAAAUUUGCUUCACGUAAGCAAGUACAUAAGGACCCCUCCUUUGGUGAAAUCCGGGUUCGAGUGAGUAUCCCAAGGCAAGGAGCGCAUCUAUUUUAAGAUGCUUUGGAGCAAGCAGCCUUAUCGGGCCCCAUCCUCAGCAAUGCCUUAGCCGGGACGCGCCGCGGACACUUCAGAGGGUGACAAGUACAUACAGAGAGUAGAGAGAAAAUGUCUAAAGCAUCGGGAAAGGUAAAAAAAAAAAAAAUCUAUUUUUGUACAAAUGUAAUUUUAUCCCUCAUGUAUACUUGGAUGAUGGGGGGGUGGGACUUGUUUUGUUUCUGCUUCUAGAGAUGGAGGAGAGCUUUCUCAGUGGAGCGUUCGGACGCGGACGAGCGCAUGGGCUUUGUACGAACCGCUGCGUGGACGUUUCCCUUCGGGCAGGGGUGGGGCCCAGACGGUCAGGGGUUUCUUCCCCUUCUGAGUGACUCUUGAAGCCUUGCUCUGUUCUGCCCCCAUUGCCAGCCGGCCUUCCCGAGACCCUGUUUGACUGUGAACUCACUUCCCUGCGUGUUCUCUGAACACCGCCGUGGGUGCAGGCCACGGACCAACAGCGGUGUUAGAACGUGGAAAGGAAAACACAGAAAAACGUGAGAGGAGAAACAAAAUACGAGCGUUUAAAAAUAGA